CCCCCCAGCGCCCGCUGCCGUCGGGCCGCCCCCUCGCCGCCUCCUCCGGCGCAGGCUGCUCUGGGGCUCGAGGGCGAGCGAGAGGCAGAGCCGGCAGCACCCCGGGCAUCGGCAGCGAGCGCCCGGCCGGCCGCAGCAGCCCGGCAGCGGCUGGAAAUUUCGGCGUCUUCAGAGAGGGGAGGGAGAUCCUCGUCUUUCCGAAGCCUCCUCAAUGAGUGCCAAGCUCUCCAAGGAGUUGAGGCUGUCCCUGCCGCCUUGCCUCCUGAACAGGACGUCCGCCACCUUGAACGCCAGCAGCACCUGCAUCGCGCAAGUGGGUCAGCUCUUCCAGUCCUUCUCGUCCACUCUGGUUUUAAUCGUCCUGGUCACCCUCAUCUUCUGCCUGAUCCUCCUCUCCCUCACCACCUUCCAUGUCCACAAGAGGAAGAUGAAGCGGAAGAUGCAAAAGGCUCAGGAGGAGUACGAAAGGGACCACUGCACCCGCAGCAGCAGUAGCGGCAGCCGGCAGCACCCCGGGACAGGGGCGCGGGGAGACACCCAAGGAAGAGACAGCCGCCUGGGAAGACCCCCCCAGGACUCAGAGAUCCAGCGCCCCUCUCCCUCGGCAGCCCCCAGCUCCCAGCCACGGGCUUCUUUGGACACAGCUGGCGCGGGGCUCUUGCAAACGGUGAUUUUGUCAUGAUGGUUUGGGGGAGACCUCGCAACAGCGCUGGUUGGUGUUUGUAAAUACCUGAGUGAUUAUUCUUGUCCCCGAAGAAGAAGAAAAAACAUUGCUAAUUCAAAUGAACGAACGAGCCCCCGAUCCAAGCGCAUGACAGAUCACAUUGCGUUUCUCAUUGACUGUGCAAGGAAAGGAUGCGUCUUUUUCCGGAGAAGGAGCUGCACUCAGCUACCACACACCAUCGUCCACCUGGAGGAGCGGGUCAGGGUGGGGGUCCCUUUUCCCCAGACGUCGUUACCCUGAGGACCGGGGCGAUCCCACUCUCCUGGGCUUCCCCUGCACCCCAUGUCACCAUUGCAUGGCAUGGUUGGGGCAGGGGUGAGGGGUGCGGGGGGAGAGGCAGGUCUGGUGGGCACCUCGGGACCCCCGUCCCCUCGGAGCGGGCGACAGCCCACCGAGGUCUCUCCUUCUGUGCAGACCUUUGCCCCUGUCCCACCCCUCUCACUCCUUUCCAGGACUGGAUAUUGUUUUGUGUAGAAAUGUCCACCCCAGGCUGGGCUUCAGAAAACUGCAGGCGCCCCGCAGCCCCGUCCCCCCAGCUGCAGUGCUGCGCCCCCUGCUGUCCGCCCAACAGGAUGGGCAGAGCAGAGCAGAGCUUUCCUCUCCCCUCAGCACCUUCAUCUUUCAAACACCCCCCGUGACACAGACCCCGAACCUGGCACCGUUCUGCGUGGCAGUGCGAGGCGAUGCGCCCUGAGGGAGGGUGGCCUGUCCCUCCUGGUGGUCCCCAAAGAAACCCGGUUCUGCACCAGGCACCCCGCACCGACUGCGCUGCAUUCACAGCUCACCUCCCGGCAAGGAAUCCUGCAGCAGAACGGGGCUGGGUCCUACUUUUUUUUGGCUGAUAUGUAUUUUUAUCCCUCCUAACCUAGCAGGCAGUUGAGGAUGCGCAACACUUAAUUUUCCCCCUUUUGGGGAGCAAACCAUGCAGUUGUACAAAAUGUCAGCUCUUAAACCCCGGCAAAUGUUUAUUUCAGAAGUGGCUGGUGUGGUUUCUCCCGAGCAAACACCGGUAGCUUUUUGGUGUCUGGCAGGCAGGUGCAAGGGGCUGCUGGUGCUGUGCGUGCUGGAGGAGCCCAGGGCAGCGCCGGGUUCAGCAACUGCGGCUUCUGCUCAGCGAUUUAAAUCAGUGCCCGUUCCUUGGAGGUGCCUUAGCAGAGUGCUGUGUCCAAACUUUGAGACAUCUCGUGUGGUAUCACAGCAGAGGCAGCCCUCUACUGUGCAGUUUAACAUCUAAAAAAUACAGCAAAGGAAAAGUAAUCCUGAGGGAUUCUUUUCUUUUUUUCCUUUCCUAUCCUGGCAUUCAAACUGGCGUGAGGAGAUAGUAGUAGUCCGCAGUUCUUAAUGUUUUGUCCCCGCUCUGCUGUACUCUGCCUCCCGGCGUGGUGUUGGGCUGGAAAACCCCAGGCACAGGCGGGGAGCAAAUGCUGCUCACCGAGGUAAAAGGAGAAGGAGGGCGGCAGAAGCGCUCCCUAAUCCUUCGACAGUGCCAAACGAGGAGGGUUUCAGGGCAGCGCCUCUGUUACCCUGUUUUACCCCUUCCUGAUCUUGCUUGGCCUGAUGGGCAAUGACCGCUGGGUUUGGAUCCGUGCCUCCGGCGCUGUGGGCAGGUGCUGUAGCAUCCCGCUCGAGGAGCUGCUCCGCCAGCCGAGGUUAGUGCGGGGACGUGCCUGGAGCCCACGGGGCUUGCACGCUGCUGGUGCCACCAGAUGCUAACGGCUCCUGCGUUGUUGCUGGGCAAGGAAAACGGGCUUUAGUUUUGUUUCCCCUAAUAAAGGAUGCAUGAACUUUUGUGUUUAACCUUCUUAUGCAACUGCAGCACGGUAUUGCACCACAGGGAAUAGAUUUAGGACAAUGAAGAGAGUUCAGUGAGCAGUAAUGGAGCUUCUGGUCGUUGAUCUCCACUAAAUAGAGAGAUAUUACUUUCCCCUUUAUUUUGUGCCUUUCUUUAAAAACAGUGUAUAAUUUCGAGUUUUAUAAAAGCAAUAAGAUGUUCCAGAUCACUCCAGUGCAUUUCUGGUUGAUGGUUCCACUUCUUUAGUGUCUGAAGUCAGAUACUCUUCCUUCUGCCUUAUGCACUCAAGGCAUGCAAUAAUUCCCCAGAAAUGUACUGCUUGUCACAUCUCAUGCAGUUAUAAAAUUGCCCUAUUUUUGAAGAAAAAAUAAAAAAAAGAAGGAUGGAGAUAUAUAUAUAUCUUUAUAUAUAACGGAUAUAUAGGUAUAUAUAUUAUUUAUAUUAUCUCAUGACACUAAAAAGUAGUUGCAAAAAUGUAAUUAGGUUAAAAUGUUAUCAUGUAAACCUCUAUCCUCUGUUAAUUAGCUUUGAUUUUAUUUUAAUAUCUCUGUAUUAUGUAAAUCUAUGUAAAUUAUGUGGUCUAUAAGUAAAUUUCAUACUGACUUUAAUUUUCUCCAGAACUGUGAGCUUCUUGUGGUGUCAUUUAAGGUUUUGCAUUUCUAAAGUUAAAUUACACAAGAUGCGAGAAGUUAUAAAUUCUUUUAUCACACAGGAAUACUGCAAUAAGGUUCAUGCGUUCUCCCAGUACACGACCCUACCUUGAAGUAUUGUAAGCUUAUGAGGUUUAAUUGAACGGUCUCAGGAGAUCCAGUUGAUACAAGCAGGACACAUAGGCUUUCAUUUCAUGAAACAAUAAGCAAUCUAGGGAAUAAAUGUGGAUUUUUUAAAACAGAGUUUAUGCUUGGAGGUUCUGUCAAAUCAAUUGCUUCAAAACCCUCAGCUACAGCUAAACUUCUGCACUUAGCAUUCAGUAUAAUAAGGCUGAUGCUUCUUCCCUUUCCCCCUCCUACUUAAACUAGAAAAGUGUAGGAAAUUGUUCAUAUUCUAAAGCAUACAUUUUCAGCUAACUUGUGAAACUGCCAAAUGGUUUGAAUCUACAUAUUUUAUGCAAGUGUAAUACUAUGUAUCUGUAUCCAUAUACUUAACUAUUUUUGUGUAACCUUUUCUACGAUAUUUGAUAGAGAUGCUGGGUGAAUGCUGUUCCAUUCUCGUACGUAAGGAAGGAUUUAUACCCUGACAAUGCGGACGUUCUUUUUUCCUGUGAACUGUUAAAAAUUUGCACUGUAUUUUUGGCAAGUUACGAUGGAGCCAGGACAGCUGCGUGCUGGCUGCUGGAGAACCGACAGUCCUUCCUCUGGUAAGGGGCACAUCCUCUGGAUGGAUUUUCCUGCUUCAAAAUAAGAAAUCGGGGCCCUGUCGCCCGGCAGCAUCUUGCAGGUGUAAGAAGAAGUGCCGUGGUGCUCACCAGCCCGGUCUGGUCGUCAUCCCACAGAAGAAGCACGACGGCAGUCACUUAUUUGUAGAACCUCGCCAAAGCUGGGUGGCAGCGCUGGGGCUGGAUCCGGCAAGUCCUCAUCCUGCGGAGCAUCCCCCAGAGCCUGCUGCUCCCUCGGGGCUCUGUCCAGCUCCCACUGACAGCAAUGCGAGUGGCAUCUGCUGACUGUGAAGGGACCUGGGGCCCGUCCGUCAUCCAGGCAAUGGGUGGCAGCAUCCCCAUCACUUACCCCUGCUCGGCAUUUUGGUGGGGAGAGGAGCAUUGUGGUGUGUGCUGUCUGCAUGGGACAGCUGGGAUGCCGAGCCUAGCUGUGGUCAGUCCCGGUUUGCCGGCCGAGGCAUGUACGUGGAUCCUGCAUGGGUCACGGACAGGAGAGGCAUUUCGUUCACAUGUAUCGGUCCAGCAUUUUUUUUUUUCUGGGGGCGUUUGUCUACUGCAAAUGUAAUCUCUGGAUGAAGAUUUGCCAGUUGCCAUCCAGGCAUGAUUUCGCUUUUGAUAAACCUCUCCCAGACAUAUAUCUGCACAUGUACAGAUAUAUAUCUCCAAAAGAAAUGCUGGAUGAAAACAAAGAACAGAGAUUCCACCUUAUAGGCCAAACUGUCCCAUGACUAAAAACCUGUUUUAGUUUUGUUUGUUGUUUUCUUUUUUUUCCUGUUAGUUUUUAAUUCAUUUUUAAAGGCUACUAUCUUCCAUGUAAUAGCAAGUUACUAUGUGAUUAAUGUUUUCCACGGCGAUUUCCUGAGUAGUUGCUAUCUUGUUUCUGGAAAAAUGUCCAGUGUUUUGCAGCAACUGUGCUUUUUCUUGUUCUCUUGUAUGAAUAUGAGUGCAACCUUUUAUGUAGGGAGGAAAAGAACCACGAUCUGACUCCUUAGACAGGACUGAAUUAUUAUAAAUCCAGUUAUGGAUUUGGUUGCUUUUCUUUUCUAGUAGUCACUUUCUCUGCACGUUUGUAUUUUUUCUAUGGAUAAUUGAAACCCUACAUUUUAAUAAGUAUGCAAGCUAUGGAGGGUAACACGAAAAACUGAACCGUAGGAAACAUUCUUUUUCCUCUUCUUGUGUAAAUAGCAAAUUUAUAAUGACUUAGAUACCAUUUUCAUUACAGUUCUCAUCUACAUAGAAGUUGGCAUGACUCGUAUAGAACCUUUAAUAACGUUUUUAAUUUAUGUCUAAGUAUUAGAACUACUUUAUCCAGGACUGACUUUCUCAUCUCUUUCUGGUACCUAACUCUUUUUUUCACUGAAGCCAAGUUUUCCAUCUGAUCGCUAAAUAAAUUUCUAGUAGA